AUGAAUUCUGAAAAUUAUUUUCUAAAAACGCCUGUUGACCAAUGGUCAGUGAAAGAUGCAUUUGAUGAAAUCGAAAGGAAUAACCCUUCUAGUCAAGCACGAGAGAACCUUCAAAAAUUAAGAGACAGCAUCACUGAUGCCAAGAUAACAGAAGACGAAACCGUAGUUAACACAGCCAGAAAACUAUUGAAGGACUGGAAGGUAUAUGAUAAAGCACGCUCAAACACUUUCAAUAACGUCAAUAAUGGUGCUGGCGUCAUAAUCGCACAACCAGCUAAACUUGUUAUUCAUAACAACGCUAACCUGGCAACAAGCUUGGCUAUAGCUAUACAAUCACAUACAUCCAUGAAACGUAGCACUGAAGAUGUGGAGGAUGCUAGUAGCUCUGGAAUUGGAACUUGGGAGAGCCUUGCAAGAGAAAAAAAGAAAAGAAAAUAUAUUAAUGUUUACUUGGGCAAUUUUUACGGUGAUACCGACUUUGGGACCAUUAUUGAUAAAGAUUCACACUGGAAAGUAGAUGGGAUUAAUGUGACCCAUGUUCUUCAUAUGUGUGCUAUUUCGAAGAUGGCACCCAGGGAACAGUUAUUGGUAAUGAAAAGUAUUAAUGAAGAAGAAGAGUACACGCUUGUUGAUGGUGAAGUCAUAAAUGCAUGUCGUGAGAUUCAACUCAUUACAGCAAACCAAAAAAAUAACUAA